GAGGAGCGGCACGGGCGCGUCCGAAGGCACUCUUGGCUGCGCGGACCCCCGGGCCGGGGGUUGAAGAUAGGCUGGCUGGAACGUGCCCUGCGGCAAGCCGGGCAAGGAUGAGGCGUUUCCUGAGCAGAAAGGGCCGCUUCUCCCUGCGCCAGAGCAAGUCUGGGACCCGGAGUGCCUCCAAAGAUUUCUACCUCGGCCUUCCAGCUACCAACCAGAACUGGCCCGAGGCGUUCGGCUUCCGCCUGGGCGGCACCGGGCCCAGCUACAUCUUGUCCGUCGUGGAGGGCAGUAGCGCCUACCUGGCCGGGCUGCAGCCCGGGGACCAGGUGGUGGACAUCGAGGGCCAAGACGUGACCAACCUCAGCACGCCGGCUCUGAUCGCGUUGGCCCAGACCCUCAAAACAGUACCGCCAAGCAUUGGAGUAGUGUCUCGCAUCGAACAGAUUGACAUCACCCCAGGCCCAGACGGCCGGUUUGGCUUCACCAUCGUCGGCGACAGCCCUCUGAUGGUGGAGGACUGCAUGCCAAACGGUCCUGCUGGCCGCAGCGGCCUCAAGGCCAGCGACUAUGUCAUGGAGGUCAACGGCAUCCCGGUGAAGCAUCACGAGACGGCGGCGGCGAUGAUCAAAGCGGCUCAGGGCCGCCCGCUGCGCCUGGGGGUGCUCAGCAUGGCUCGGCGGCCCAAGCGGCUGAGCAGCAGUAUGAGGGUGCUGUCGCAGAGCGGGGACAGCGUCCGGGAGAGCCGCGCCCACAAGGCCAUGGAGUUCAAUAAAAAAGUGGAGGAAGUUCUCGGGGAGGAGCCAGAUGUGAAGGAACAGCUGUUUGAGGUGCUGAAGCAGUACGCUGCUGAGAGGGACGUGGACAGCCUGGCCGAAGCCCUGCCGGACAUUCUGAUCACAGAGGAGCAUCAGCAGCUGAUAGACAGCGUCAGGAUUUUCAUUCCCAAGAAGCACCGGGAGCGAUUUGACGAGGUGGUCUCCCAGAAUCUGAUGAGCCGGCUGAAAGGCCGGAGCUUCAGUGACCCCAGCCGCAGCCACCUUCGCCGCAGCCGAAGCGAGGACCACCCCGAGCGCCUGCUUGUCUCCACCCGUGCCAGCUCAGUGCCGAGGACCCACGCCGAGGAAGGCGUGGUGCCCCCCGCCCGAGGCAUGCGCAAGACCACCUCACUCAUAGCCGGCCACUCCAGCGGCACCACCACCAACUGCAGGACUGUGAGAGUAUGCAAGGGUAACAUGAGCUUUGGCUUCACUCUCAGAGGCCAUGCUCCAGUGUGGAUUGAUUCAGUGAUCCCUGGAAGCCCUGCAGAUAAGGCAGGUCUAAAACCAGGAGACCGCAUCCUGUUUCUGAAUGGACUAGAUAUGAGGACCUCCUCCCAUGAGAAGGUGGUGUCCAUGCUACAAGGAAGUGGUGCCAUGCCGACCCUGGUGGUGGAGGAAGGUCCGCCCACUUUCCCCCUUGCAGAGCAGGACAUUGCGGGCGGCAGUGUCCCUGGCGAGCGAGCUCGGUCCCCUGCGCUGAGUUCCCUGCAGUGGGUGGCUGAGAUUCUACCUCCAAGCAUCAGGGUGAUGGGUCGCACCUUUGGGCAGCAGCUGGAGCACUUGCUGACCAUCCAGGAGAGAUACACCAUCUGCAAGGCGUUGGAGAACUUCUUCCAGCACAGGAAUGUUGACACUCUGAUCGUGGAUGUGUUCCCGGUGCUGGACACACCAGCCAAACAGGUGAUCUGGCAGUUUGUUUACCAGCUGCUGACGUACGAAGAGCAGGAACACUGCCAGAGCAAGAUUUCACGCUUUCUGGGAUACAAAGCACCAGUGCCACCCCCACCACCUCCUCCUCCCCCUCCUCCAGAGCCUGAAAGCGCCCCUGAGCCACACCGCCGUAGCAGCUCCAUGAGGGUGACGGGGACCACGUACAGGAGCAGUGUGAGAGGACGCAGCUCCGAUGAUCUGGUCAUUGGAACACACUUGGGAAUGGGCCUUCGUGCAGACUCACUUCUGGAUUCAGGAAUGAGGUUGGCUCCAGGAGAGAGGCAAUCGGGAGACGGGACCUCUCUUCCUGAGACACCCAACAACCUUACCAAUCUGUCAGCGGUGUACGCUGAACUGGAGAACAUGUAUUCAUCUAAGAGAUCCAAGUCUCUGAAGAGUCGCCCCCCUCCUGCCCCAGAAAGUUUGCUGGAUCUGGAACCUCCUUCACGCACAGCGUCUCCAACAAUACAUGCAAACACAGGAAGCCGUAAGGGCCCCUCAUCCCACGCAUCCUGGCCGGACCCUCUCCCCAGCCCCCCUCCAACCCAGUUCUACUCAUCAGGGUUGACAAGCCAGACCAGUGCGGAGUCCAACCCUUACAUAAGCCUGGACAGCCCCCCUCCCUCUCCUCCAGAACCUCCAGAUUACCCCUCCAGUCCGCCUCCCCAUCGCAGCAGCAAGCGCCGGUACACCUUCUCCAAACCGCCUCGCUCAGAGGACACGGAUCGCUUUCUGGAUGCCCUGAGUGAGCAGCUGGGGCAGAGGGUGGCCAUCGUGGAUGACUUCUUGACACCUGAAAAUGACUAUGAAGAGGAUGUUGUGCAGUUGGGCUUCCCAGACGAGGAGGAUGACGACAACGAAGACGAGCUGGGAGUGGACGAGGAAGAAAAUGGAGGUUUUGUUGCUCCGGAGCUCAGCAGCCCGAGUGAUGUCCAGAGCAGCAGUGGAGAAGAGAACGCCUCCUCUCUGACAUACUCCUCUUCGUCUGAUCACAUUCCUCCUCCACCCAUGAGCCCCCCUCCGCCCCCACCUGUACAGUUCAAUGACCCCCCUCCUCCACCGCCAGCACCUGUUCAGACUCAGCCUCAGCCUCAACAGCAACAGCAGCAGCAACAACAACAGCAACAACAGCUGCUCAGCUUCACGCCUGAACACUCCCCGAGAGCCUACGUCCCCAUUCGCCGGAAAUCUGGUCCUCCUCCGCCACCUCCUCCCCGCAGCAAUCUGCCACCUAAGCGCCACUCUUUACAUAAAGUUAUGCCUACAAGAGAGGACCUACAGGUCCACGCAACAAUUCAAGAGCUAAAAACCUACCAAGAGCAGAGGGCCUACCAGGAAAGACAGGCCUAUGAGGAGCAGCAAGCGUUCAAGGAGAGGCAGGCGUACGAGGAGCAAAAAGCCUAUGAGGAGCAGCAACUGUUCCAAGAGCAACAGGCCUACCAGGAACAGCAGGCCUAUCAAGAAAAGCUUUUCAAAGAGAGACAAGCUUAUGAGGAGCAGAAAGCGUACGAGGAGCAAAAAGCUUUUGAAGAACAACAGAUGUUCCAGGAGCAACAGGCCUACCAAGAAAGACAGGCCUACGAACAGCGUCAGGCCUACCAGGAGCAAAAAGCUUAUGAACAGCGUCAGGCAUACAAAGAACAAAAGGCAUUUGAAGAGCUUCAAGCCUACCAGGAGCAAAAAGCCUAUGAGGAGCGUAAAGCGUAUGAGGAGCAAAAAGCCUUUGAGGAACGGAAAGCCUACGAGGAGCAGCAAGCCUACCAAGAGCAACAGAUGCAGCAGAUCUACCAGAGCCACCACUCGAUGCCUACUCAGCCAACUCAACAGAAAUCCCAUUCACCUCUGCCUCUCCAACAGCUACACCAAUCUUUACCCCCGCUACCCUCUCCAGACUCUGCACACCACCACAGUAACCACCCACUUCUGAUGAUGCGCCAAGCGCAGCAGCAACAGGCCCACCAGAGUCAUCACCACCGGCGAAUGUCCCGUUCGGCCCCCCCGCCUCACCAGCCGUCACCCCAACCGACGGUCCACCCCAGCCCGCAGGGCCAGUACGCCGAGGGCAUCUAUCAGAGUCGUCAGAGUAUGAGAACCCAGCCGCACCACGCCUCAGCUGAAAUGCUCCAUCAGAUUCACCCCGCCCACCAUUCCUCCACCGAGAUGCUUCACCAGCUGCAUCAAUCCCAGGCCCACCACUCAUCUGCCGAAAUACUCCAGCAGAUGCAGCAAGGCCAUGGCCACUACUCGUCCUCGGAAAUGCUCCACCAAAUGCACAAAGCCAAAGCUCACCAUUCUUCCACAGAGCUUCUCCACCAAGCCCACCAAAUGCAGCCCCACCACUCCUCCGCCGACGUUCUCCACCAGGUUCACCAGAUGCACCGAGGGCAACCCCACCAUUCCUCCAAUGAGCUGCUCCAUCAAGUCCACAAACCUCAGCCCCACCACUCCUCCACAGAGCUCCUCCAUCAAGCCAAUCAGAUGCACCAGCCGAAGCCCCACCACUCCUCCACCGAGCUUCUGCAUCAGGCGCAGCAAGAUCCUGCUUCUCUCCCGGUCCAGCUGAGCCGGGACAGUCACGCCCAUCAGAGCCGUAAGAGUCUUAAAAGCCAUCAUCAAGGUGAAGGGAGACACCAAGAGCAGCAGAUCCACCAGACCCAUCACCCGCAGCCCACCAAGCCAUCUCCGCAGAGACCCCACUCUAUUCAGCAGACCCACCAUCACUCCAGCACGCCUCAGAUUCAUCACAUCCACCACAUGACCCCGCAGCCCCCUCCUCAAGACUACCAGCAUCAGAUUCACGUCAUCCACCCUCCCCAGCAGCCCCACAGACCUCAGCCGCUGCUUUCAACCUUUCAGCCCCUCCAGCCCCACCAGCCCACCCUUUCCACCUUCCAGCCUCUGCCCCAGCACCACCAGUCGCAGCACCAAGUCCAGUCCUCCACCCAGACGGCCCGCCCGCAGUCGCAGCCCUCGCAUCACCUGCUUCAGUCCCCACACCAGCCACAGGCACAGUCCCACCUCAAGCAGCCGCCCCACAGUCAAAAUCAACCGCAGUCUCUUCCCCACUCCCUCUCCGACCCCACGGAGCACUUAGAGCCCCCUCCUCCUCCUCCGCCCCUGCCCCCACCCUGCUCCCCUCCGCCGUUACCAAGACCCAGUCUGUCCAGGAUGGACUCCAACCACAUGAGUGUGAAGCGGCUGCGCUGGGAGCAGGUGGAAAACUCAGAAGGGACGAUAUGGGGGCAGUUGGGAGCAAAUUCUGACUAUGACAAACUGCAUGACAUGGUGAAGUAUUUGGAUCUGGAGCUGCACUUUGGGACACAGAAGAGUUCAAUGCCUGUUCCAGAACCGUCUCCUCAGCUAGAAACCUUCAAGAAGAAAGAUGUGAUAGAAAUUCUGUCCCAUAAGAAAGCUUACAAUGCCUCCAUCCUGAUUGCCCACCUGAAGCUGUCUCCUGGGGAGCUUCGGCAGAUCCUGAUGAAUAUGGUCACCGACAGGCUGGAGCCCUCUCACAUUAAACAGCUGCUGCUGUAUGCCCCCGAUGCAGAGGAGGUCAAAAAGUACGAGGAGUACAGGGAUGACCCCAGCAAACUCGGCGAGCCCGAUCAGUUUGUGCUGCAGAUGUUAUCAGUGCCGGAGUUCAAGACCCGUCUGGAGAGCCUCCUCUUCAAGUGUUCUCUUCAGGAGAAGACGGAGGAGCUGAGGGGAGCGUACGACUGUAUCUACAAAGCUUCCAUAGAACUGAAAACCAGCAGGAAGCUGGCGAAGAUACUGGAGUUUGUGCUGGCGAUGGGGAACUAUUUGAAUAACACUCAGCCGAAAACCAACAAGACUACUGGCUUCAAGAUCAACUUCCUCACAGAGCUGAGCACAACCAAGACAGUGGAUGGGAAGUCAACGUUUCUGCAUAUUUUGGUCAAAUCAUUAUGUCAGCAUUUUCCUGAGGUGUUGGAUUUUUCCAAAGAUCUUACCAUGGUGUCUCUAGCAGCAAAAGUAAAUCAGAAGACGAUGACGUCGGACUUAGAUGAUCUGCAUUCAACCAUCCAGGAAAUCCGCUCAGCCUGUCAGAAGAUGCCCGCAACAGCCGAGGACCGCUUCGCUGUCGUGAUGAGCAACUUUCUGGAGAACAGUCAUCCAGCACUGCAGUCCCUGGAGUCACUCCAGCAGAGAGCCAUGGAGGAAUUCAGCAAAACCGCCUCGUACUUCGGAGAGGAUGGUAAAUCCACCAACACGGAGGCCUUCUUUGGGAUAUUUGCUGAAUUCAUGAGCAAGUUUGAGAGAGCUCUCAUCGACCAGCAAACGGCGGAUAACCCGAAGAGUCCCAGGAGUCCACGCAUGGCCUCCCCUCUGGCCUGGUAACACACACGAUGCACAUCUGGAGGAGGUGACCGCGUACAGAUGGGGAGACGGGGCACAAACACACUAUAUGCAUGCAGAAUCAAAACCGCACUGACAUGCAAAAACUGAAAUGCAUACAAACUGCCUGUACAAUGUGUAAUGUACAAAACCAAGCAAAAAAAAGAAGUACUUGUGUGGAAGCUUUGGAAUGACGGAUACAUGUCUUUUGCAUCAAGUAUGAAUAACUUAGCUUUAAACCGGUGUUGUAUUCAAUGUACCUUACUUUUUUGAAAAAAACAAACAAAAAAAAAGAGAUUAAGACAAGUCCAUAGAAAACAGCGUCGUCAGACCUUUAUAAUAUCUCUGCUAUUUGAAAGAUAGCUACUAAGUAUUCAGCAUAUAGUUUAAGUGGUAUUACUCUAAACCUGAGUUCAGGCUGUAGAGCACACAUAGAGUGUUAUAACACAUUUCAAUAUGUGACAUUUCCGUGAUUCAAGACAUAGAUUUCUAACCUUUAUCCUGAAAUAGAUAUUUAAUGAAAUUAUAUUCGGAUACACAUGGUGGUACAGGAUUAACCACCAAAAUAGAGUAAGUGUUUUUGUAAGUGUCCCACCACACUGAAUGUAAUAUUAUUCAUUAUGUGUGAUUUGUUUUCUUGAAAUAGAUUGUUUCAGUGACUAAAACCUAAGCCUCAC